GCCCGCUGGUUGUCGAUUUAGGUGUUAGGGUUUCAUUUCCUUCGUGCACUUUGCCUCCGCUCCGCUGUUCGGCAUCCGCGGCGAUAGUGAGAUUUGAUCUUCGGGAGGCUGUAGAGUUCUUUGACGUAUCGGAAACAAUGGCAUCGAGAUUCUGGACUCAGGGUGACAGUGAUACCGAGGAGGAAGAGAGUGAUUAUGGCGAGGAGGAGGAAGAGAGCGUUCAGGUUGAAACAGCUGCAGCCACUGCUGCUAGCAGAUACUAUUCUGCAAAUGCGAGCGACAGUGAUGACUCUGACGGGCAGAAGCGUGUCGUCCGUCGCAUCAAGGACAAACGGUUUGAUGAGAUGGCUGCUACUGUUGAUCAGAUGAAAAAUGCAAUGAAAAUCAAUGACUGGGUCAGUUUGCAGGAGAAUUUUGAAAAGAUUAACAAGCAGUUGGGAAAGGUCAUGAGGGUUACAGAAUCCGAUAAACCUCCAAAUCUUUACAUAAAGGCUCUCGUGAUGUUGGAAGAUUUCUUGAACCAGGCCUUGGCCAAUAAGGAGGCCAAAAAGAAAAUGAGUAGUAGCAAUGCGAAAGCACUGAACUCGAUGAAGCAGAAAGUAAAGAAGAACAAUAAAGAGUAUGAGGAAAUGAUUAACCAGUGCAGGGAGAAGCCCGAGCUCUUCGAAGAGAAGGCAGAAGAUGAGGAUGAAGCUGAGGAUGAUGAUGAGGAAGAAGAUGAGGAUGAUGAUUUUGAUGAGGAUCCCGAAACUCUCGAAUCUGAGGGAAGCGAGGAUGAGGAAGAGGCAGGGAAUGAUGCUGCUGAGAGUGGCGGACCUGGCUGGGAGAAGAUGUUGAGCAAGAAAGACAAGAUGAUGGAUAAGCAGUUCAAGGAUCCUAGCCAAAUCACUUGGGAUACCGUCAACAAGAAGUUUAGGGAAAUUGUUGCUGCUAGAGGCAGGAAGGGGACGGGCAGAAUGGAAUUAGUCGAGCAGCUGACUUUCUUGACGAGGGUUGCCAAGACUCCUGCUCAGAGGCUGGAGAUUCUUUUCAGCGUCGUCUCAGCCCAGUUUGAUGUUAAUACAAGUCUGAGCGGUCACAUGCCGAUCAACGUGUGGAAGCAAUGCGUGCAGAAUUUGCUCACGAUCCUCGACAUAUUAACACAAUACUCAAAUAUCGUGGUUGAUGACAGUGGGGAGGUUGAAGAGAACGAAACCCAAAAAGGGGCCGACUACACUGGUACCAUUCGGAUUUGGGGAAAUUUAGGCGCAUUUGUCGAACGAGUGGACGUUGAGUUCUUCAAGAGCCUUCAGGUUAUCGAUCCCCACACCCGUGAGUACGUCGAGCGGCUUAGAGACGAGCCCAUGCUUUCAGUUCUCUCACAGAAUGUCCAGGAAUAUUUGGACAAGAUGGGCGAUAACAGGGGCUCUGCAAAGGUUGCUCUUAGACGGGUCGAGCUCAUUUAUUACAAGCCUCAAGAGGUAUAUGAUGCAAUGAAGAAAUUAGCCGAGCAGGAAGCAGAAUCUGGGGAAGAAGCAGAAGUUAAAGCGCCAGCGGCAUUUGUGUCGGUCCCUGAACUGGUGCCCCGGAAACCUUCUUUCCCGGAGAGCAGCCGAGCAUUGAUGGACACCCUGGUUUCCCACAUUUACAAGAACGGCGACGAAAGGACAAAGGCUCGAGCAAUGCUUUGCGACAUAUACCAUCACGCUAUUCUCGACCAGUUUUCGACGUCCCGCGAUUUGUUGCUCAUGAGUCGUCUCCAGGACAAUAUUCACCACAUGGAUAUUUCUACUCAGAUUCUUUUCAACCGAGCUAUGGCGCAACUUGGCCUGUGCGCAUUCCGGUCGGGACAUGUCCCCGAAAGCCAUGGUUGCCUUUCUGAACUCUACACUGCUGGCCGAGUGAAAGAACUGCUGGCGCAGGGCGUCUCCCAAAGUCGAUAUCACGACAAGACACCCGAACAGGAACGCCUCGAGAGACGGCGGCAGAUGCCCUACCACAUGCACAUAAAUCUCGAGCUUCUCGAGGCUGUACAUCUGAUCUGCGCCAUGCUGCUAGAGGUCCCGAACAUGGCAGCCAACGUCCACGACGCUAGACGAAAGGUCAUUAGCAAAAAUUUCCGGAGGCUUCUGGAAGCCAGCGAACGACAGACGUUCAUCGGCCCUCCCGAAAAUGUCCGCGACCAUGUGAUGGCCGCCACUCGAGCCCUCCGGCAGGGCGACCACGAGAAAGCAUUUGCCGUCGUCAACUCCCUCGACGUAUGGCGCCUUCUUCGCAACAAAGACAGCGUUCUCGGAAUGGUGAGAGCUAAAAUCAAGGAAGAGGCUUUAAGAACCUACCUUUUCACGUAUUCGUCGUCGUACGAAUCCGUGAGCCUCGACCACCUGUCGAAAAUGUUUGACCUCUCCGACGGCCAGACCCACAGCAUCGUCAGCCGUAUGAUGAUCAACGAGGAGCUCGACGCCAGCUGGGACCAGCCGACCCAAUGCAUCGUCUUCCACGAUGUCGCGCAUACCCGGCUCCAGGCUCUUGCAUUCCAGCUGGCGGAUAAAGUGUCGAUCCUCGCCGAAUCUAACGAAAGAGCUAUAGAAGCGCGGAUUGGCGGUGGUGGCCUCGACGGCCUCCCGCUCAGGCGGAAAGACGGGCAGGAUUAUGCGGCUGCCGCCGCUUCUGGCGGCGGCGGCAGGUGGCAGGACUUCUCCGGUCAGGGUCGACAAGGCAGCAGCGGUGGUAGGGGUGGAUAUGGCGGCGGCGGAAGGGCGUCGGGAUUCAACAGGGACCGGUCAGGGCAGUCGGGAGGUUAUCGUGCCUUUCCGACGGGAUCGUCGGGCCGGGGCGGGCAGGCGGAUGGGUCGACCCGGAUGGUCAGCCUCAACCGGGGAAUUCGUGGUUAGUCAAAAUUUUUUUAUUUUCAGUUGAAUGAAUACUUGUGAACUUUUUUGGUUGGUACUGAAUUAUUGUUGAAAGUUUUGACAGCAUGAUUCUGUUGUUCUUUCUGAACUUCAUUUUGAUUUUAUCUUAUUUCUGAACUUAAUCGA